GCUUACUGUGGCGACAAUCUCAGAGCAGCCUCUGUGUCACAACCAUCUCCAUCAUGAAAAUCAUUGGGACUCUCCUUCUACUCUGUAUAGUGACCCAUUUCUGCAGCAAUUCAGAAGCCACCAGUCUGUCUUUAACAACGGUGGACUGCAGCAUUUAUAAGAAGUACCCAGUAGUGGCCAUCCCCUGCCCCAUCACAUACCUGCCAGUUUGUGGUUCUGACUACAUCACCUAUGGGAAUGAAUGUCACUUGUGUACCGAGAGCUUGAAAAGUAAUGGAAAAGUUCAGUUUCUUCAUGAAGGAAGUUGCUAACUUCUCCAUGGACGUGGAUAGAGAGCAAUGAUACAUUCAUCAUCAUCUUCAUCAUCCCUGGGCUCUGACUGACUUUCCUUCAUCUUCCCCGAUGUUCUGGAUGGGAGCAGAGCUAGAUUCCGAAUCAUCUUUACUGAAUGGAGAAAGUCAUUGUGUUUCCCUUGCAAACUCAUGCCUCAGUGACAGGCUGGCUUUUUUUUAUAUGUCAAUAAAAGAGUC